AUGGCCGGCCAAGGAGAUGAUGUCAAGGUACUGGGCACGGCGGCGAGCAUGUUCGCGAUCCGCGUGCGCAUGGCGCUGCACGUCAAGGGCGUGAGCUACGAGUACCUGGAGCAGGACCUGUUCCACAAGGGCGAGCUCCUCCUCGCCUCCAACCCGGUGCGCAAGGCGGUCCCCGUGCUCAUCCACGCCGGCAGGCCCAUCUGCGAGUCGCUCGCCAUCGUCGAGUACGUCGACGAGGUCUGGGCCGGCGCCGCCUCGCUCCUCCCCGCGGACCCCUACGACCGCGCCGUCGCCCGCUUCUGGGCGGCCUACAUCGAUGACAAGGCUGUCCCCACGUGGAUAGGCAUCAUGAGGGCGGCCACGGAGGAGGACAGGGCGGAGGGGCUGGCCGCUGCGCUCGCGGCGGUCGCGCCCUUGGAGGACGCCUUCGCCCAGUGCUCUGGCGGGAAGGCCUUCUUCGCCGGCGACUCCAUCGGGUACCUCGACCUUGCGCUCGGGUGCAACCUCUUCUGGAUCGAGGCGCUGCGCCACAUGUUCGGCGUCACGGUCAUCGACGCUGGCAGGACUCCACGCCUGGCCGCCUGGGCUGAGAGGUUCGAGCAGACGGAGGCUGCAAAGAAGGCGGCGCCGCCCAUGGAAAGCAUGUUGGAGGAGGCCGAGAAGCUGCGGGCCAUGUGGGCUGCUGCUGCUGCCCCGGCUGCCAAGUAA